GGAAGAACACAAUCUCAGAUUUUCUAAAGCAGAUGGGGAAUCAGGAAGAUGAAGAAUUUUUUCGCAACCUCUCACGCAAAGAGCUCCAAGGUUUGUGCAAGAAACAUGGCCUUUCGGCAAAGAUGACAAAUUCUCAGUUGGCCCAUUUGUUGGUAUCUUAUUACCGGUCAAAUCAGAAGAGUGUUAAUUCAGCACCCUCGGGGGAGUGGUGCAAUGGGUCUAUGGGUGUUUUUCCUCCUACAUCAUCUGUACCACAAUUGGAAGCUGUAGGAGAAAUCUGCAAAGGAAUGCAUGAAGGAGGAUUGCAAACAUCUGAUGCUGAUAGCUUUGGACCUUCCCAUUGUUCCAAAGAGAAGGACAUUUCUGAACAUUUGAAUUCUCGAACUGCCAACUACAGUGGGAUGUGUAGUCAUAAAAAUGCCCAGAUGUCUCCUAAGGCUUCAGGUGCAACUGUGAACAUGGUUCUCAAUGACCCUUCCAUGAAUGGAGCUAAAGAAGGCUAUGGGUGCUCUGCUUAUGGUCAGCAAGAGAUAACAAUCAAAUCGCGUUUUGGCUCUCAACGUGAUUUGGCUAGUUUUAACGCUCAAAAGUUUGAGUCUCAGAGGCCUGCAGUGGCAAGAAACUCGGAUAAGAAUUCACAGGAUUCCACCACAAAUGGUGGGGCAGGCAAUUCACCACAAAUUCAGUAUAGAAACUUAACUUCUAGUAUGUUUUCUACAGAGAAGGGCCUUCGCUCCAAUGAGACUUCCAUAAAAGCACCUCUUUUUAAGUUGUAUGUCAGUUCUGAAGAAGGAAUUAAUCUUUUCGUUGAUUUAAAUUCAAGUCCAUCAGAGUGGGUUGAGGGCUUCACAAAUGAGGUCGGUAUCUCCCAGAAACUUACAAGCUUGGAAGUGGGUGAAGAAAAAAUGAAAAUCUCAUCACUUUGGAGUGAAGAGUCAGGAUUGAAAACCAAAGGUGACCCCGGAUGUCCCAGAUCCUCCCCUAGUUCAGCUGCAACAAAUGACCACUCUCUGCAGGUUCCUCAUUACUCAGAUAUAACUGGAGAAUCACUAAGGUCAUGUGCAACAAUACCAUGCAGAACUCCUAUAGAAAUAUCAGGGAUUUCAGAGAAUGAUGAUCCAGUACUUUCAUCCUUAUCCAGACCUCAUUCUGAUGUACAAAUGCAGAUGGUUUCUGGUACAGAAACCUGUUUUGGAGAAGGGGAAAUGACAUGUCUUGAUUUAGAGGUCCUUGAUACUUCCCAGACAAAAUCUGCCUCUAACUCUGUUUUGGAUAUGAAGUUGGAUGGACCAAAAUGCCCUGAUUCUAUGAAGCAUCAAAAUUCAAUGUUUAGUAGCAUUUCAACUGAAAAUUCUGCAAGACACAGCUCAGGGACUUAUAAUGUUUUCCCAGAAAGGGGUCUUCCAGUAUCUAGCAAAAUCUGUGAGGUUUCAGUCCCCUCCAAUACUGCCAGUUUUGAAAAUCCUAGUGAGGUCUGUCCUGGAUUCUCACCAAGUAUUUCUAUGGAGAUGCAGUUGUCAGAAGUUAGAAGUCAAUGCAAGAAUGUGAUGAAUUCCUCUUUCCAGAACUGUGGUCUAGUUAAUUUCGAUGAUCUGAUGCACAGCACACAAAUUGAAAAUGGAGAAUCUGCAAAUUGUGAGCAUGAUCAGAACACCUGUAGGAACCCUCCAACUGCAUAUACUGAAACAUGGGAAAGAAGCAGCACCAUAAAUGAUAGAGAGAGCUCCGAAUGCUCGCAGAUAGACAACUCAUCAGAAAAGACCUGUAAAAGGUCACAUGGUAAUGAAUAUUGUGAUGGACGUCAGAGUAAGAGACUGCACACUAAUUGUGUAGAUCAAAAUGGGUGCUCCAAACCUACUGGAAAGAAUAUAAAGAGUUCAACGCAUACGGAAAGAGAAGUUCCUAGCCCUAGGAGAUCAUUGCGGCUAGUCUCUAAGUGAAUUCAAGUUCAAGUCAGAAGUAGGAAAAGGUAGGUCAGUUUGAGAUCACAUUCUUUGAUGGAGCCAGUUUGAGAGCAAUGAGGUUCGAUGACAUGUAGAUGCUAUAGUCAGUAUUUUAAGCUGAAAGUGGACGCAAGGGGACCACAUAAAACCACUGGCCACCAAAGCCAUUAAUUCACAUUUAGAAGUUCAAGUUGACUGAGGAGACCAUUAUACCUAUAAUAUUGAGGUGCAGCAGAUUACCUCUUUUUAAGGUAGAUUUCAUCUUGGGACAUAUACCAUUAACAGUUUAAACCUUUGGGGUCCUUAUGACCAAAUUCUUUCAUUCCUUUCUGUUAGCUCUAAAGUCCAUUAAACCAGCUUUGUAGUGUAUGGAGUUCUAGUCAAAUUGUU